AUGCUCAUUGCCAAAAUAUUCAUUUGGCUGCUAUUAUUAAACUAUAUUUAUGCUGGCUGUUAUCAAAAACGCUUAUGUUGUCCAGGUAACAAUGUAAGUUGCACAGCUACUGACGAUGGUAUUAGCCAUUUGCCACUUAUGCAAACGACUGCCUCAAGCCUGUAUAAGGUUGUUUAUGAUGAUAAACACCGGAAGAUUGGUAAACUCGUGGCUGAGGAUUUUAUUGAACUUGAAGGAAGUGCUGAAAAUAUUUACGAUAAAUAUUCUUCCGCUGAAAAUCAGCCAAUGUAUUUGAUAGAAUUGGCAAAUAUUACUACACCAAGCUUCAAGCGCCUUAUCUUUGGCCCAGCAUACGAUGAUAUUAACGAACAAGAGGAGAUUAUGCGGUAUUUUCGUGGCCAUAAAAUAAUACGGUGUGAACGCUCACUAAUGCUUCUUAAUUAA